AUGUCAUGGUGGAAAUCAGAUUCCCUCUGGAAGCAUAUUCCAGAGAGAACAAAACCGAUAGAUCGGCGUGGUGUUGCCCCUUUAUUGAGGAAAAACUCGCUUAUGCUUCUCGCAAACUCAACUAUGGUUAUAUUUCAAUGGAAUAAAAGCCGAUAUAGAUGUUUUUGCUGUAAAGAGCCGUUCUUAAACAUAAAUCAACUGCGCACACACACUGACAAACACACUAUUCAAGAAAUCGAAAAAAAUAUCAUAUGUCAGCAAAAUAAACUUAUUAAAGUUGACAUAUCAGUUUUAAAAUGUAAACAAUGUAGUAAAAUAUUGGAAGAUUUAAAUGAAUUAUGUUGCCAUUUAAAAGAAACCCAUGGAUUUGCGACGCUAAAAGACAAUUUGCUUGUGCCUUUCAAAAUCGAGAGCUCAGGAUUACAAUGUCAGAUCUGUUCGCAAAGUUUUAAUUUAUUUAGAUUAUUAAAUAUUCAUGUAAAUAAACACUAUCAAAAUCAUGUUUGUCAUAUCUGUGGCGCUGGUUUUACAAAUCUAGUUUACUUAAAUCUGCAUAAAACGAGAAAUCACCGCCCGUUACGAUGUGCUCAAUGUAAAAUAGAUUUCAAAAGUCGCAUUGACAAGAGGAAGCACGAUGUUGCCAUCCACAAUCUUAAAAUAGAACGAAAAUCGAGAUUCCCAUGUCCAUAUUGUGAUGAGCGAUUUUUUCAGGAGAAUUUAAGGGUUUUGCAUUUAGUUGAAAAACACGAAAUGGAGAAACCGGAUCAUAUGUGUGAUUUGUGUUCCAAGACUUUUUUAACUCGCAGCCUGUAUAAUAACCACGUUCGAUACGUACAUUUGAAGGAGAAAAAUCAGGAAUGUGACAUAUGUCAUAGUGUUUUCUAUACGAAAUCGGACGUUAAGAGGCACAAAGUCACUCAUACAGGCGAGAAGAAAUUUAAAUGUGAUCUGUGUAAUAACCUUUUUGCGACAAAAGACUCUUUGAGGCGACAUGUUAAAAGAACGCAUGCAGUUUUUCAUUAAAUACAUUUGGCUCCUUACUAUUAUUUACUUGUGUGAAAUACAACUUUUAAGGAAUUUUAAAGUACUACUAGGAACUAUUACACUCCCAAUAUAUUUUUUGACGUGACAACGUCUUAUAAAUCGAUGGAGCCGGCUGCACGCACGAA